AUGUCUUGGUUGUUCGGAUUGAACAAGGCUCCGCCUCAGAUGCCAGCCGAGUUCUCCGGGGCGCCGCCAAGUCAGGGUGGAGACGACAAAUCACAACCAAAGGAUGACAAGAGCUCCCGAAUGGCCUACUCGUUCGACUCGACGGCGUUGGAACGAGCAGCUAAGGCAGCCCGCGACUUGGAGCGUUUCCCCAACGCCAAGGAGGCACUCGAAUUGAGCCGAAUGCAAGAGGUCACACGUCAAAAAGAAGUGGAUCAACAGACAAAACAAGUUGAGGCUCAAAUUCAAGCCAUGAAAUCCGAUCAGAUGAGGAUUGCUGAAGAAGAACGACGGAAAACGCUUGGUGAAGAGACAAAACACGCUCGAGCGCGAUCCGAGUACCAAGAUCAAUUGGCAAGAAAGCGAGCCGAAGACGAGUUGGCGAUGAAAGCUCGAAUGCAAGAAGAAAGCCUUCGUAAACAAGAGGAAAGUAUCAAAAAACAAGAGGCUCUUCGUAAAUCUACGAUUGAGCACGAGUUGGCCUUAAAGCACCGAUAUGACUUGGAAAAGAUCGAUGCUGAGACAAAGGCUCGAGCAAAAGCUGCAAGAGACAAUCGUGAUGUCAAUUUGGAGCAACUCCGCGUUCAUGAGGAGGAAAACAGAAAAACCGUUAUUGAGAAGAUAAGAACUGGUGGCGCUGUCUUUGGAGCCGGCCUACAAGAUUUUUUGAAUGACAAGACGAAAAUCACGGCAGCGGUUGGUGGUUUGACAGCGCUUGCCGUCGGAUGGUACGUGGCUAAGCGUGGUACUGGAGUUGUGGCUCGUUACGCAGAAGCACGACUUGGUAAACCUAGUCUUGUACGGGAAACAAGCAGGGUAACUCCACUAGAAACGCUGAAGCAUCCAAUCAAGACUGUGCAAACCGUUUUCCGCAAAAAGCACGAUCCGUUAAGAGGAGUUGUUUUAGCGCCAGAGAUUGAACGGCGACUACGUGACAUUGCUAUCACGACGGCUAACACUCGACGUAACAAUGGACUCUUCAGGAAUGUGCUGUUUUAUGGGCCACCGGGAACAGGAAAAACCCUCUUUGCCAAAUCGUUGGCUCAACAUUCCGGGCUCGAUUACGCAAUUUUGACUGGUGGUGAUAUAGCGCCAAUGGGGCGAGACGGUGUUUCUGCCAUUCACAAAGUCUUUGAUUGGGCACAAAGCAGUCGUAAGGGACUUGUCGUCUUCAUUGAUGAGGCUGAUGCGUUCUUACAGAAACGUAGCAAAGAAGCGAUGAGUGAGGACACACGAGCCGCUCUUAACGCCUUCCUUUUCCGAACUGGAGAGCAGAGUAGAAGGUUCAUGUUGGUAGUUGCCUCAAAUCAACCCGAGCAGUUCGAUUGGGCCGUAAAUGAUCGUCUUGAUCAGUUGAUUGAGUUCGUUUUGCCGGGUCUACCGGAACGUGAAAGAAUCUUGCUACAAUAUUUUGAUCAGCACAUUGCCACACCAGCUACGAGUGGAUCUCGGGGACAAAGACUGAAGUUGGCCGAUUUCGAUUGGGUAGCGAAGUGUACGGAAAUAGCCAAGAAGACCGAUGGCAUGAGUGGACGUGAGCUGAGCAAACUGGUCAUUGGGUGGCAGGCCUCGGCUUAUGCUAGUGAAGACGGUAUUCUGACGGCCGAGAUGAUCAACAGGAACACGGAGGAUGCAAUGCGUCAACAUCAGCACAAGAUGGAGUGGCUCGAGAAGGAGCAACUCGCCGCUCGGAAGCAAGAAAUCAAAUUCGGCACCAAGAGCGCCAAGGAAACCGCCGUC